CGUUGACGAUAAAAUGAAAGCAGUUUUCCCUCCUUCUCGCCGGUUUCCCUCUCCCCCCCGGUUUCGCCUCUCUUCUUCGUUAUCCACUUGCUUUAUUGAUUUUCCUAUAAAUCACAAAUUUUAUUUUUCCCUGGAAAUUCAGAGCAAAAGAAAAUUAAUUGGAUUCCGAAAGGUUUUCGGGGAACCGGAGUUUCACAUUUCUCUACUGAAUCUGCAAUUCCGCCGCCGAGAAUUGAGAGAGACAAGAGAGCCCUGCCGGCAGUUGUGUCCGAUUCAGAAGGAAAAGAACGGAAUAAAAACCCCUUCCCUGGAAAGGAAGAGGUCUCUGGAUUUUCUUCAAUCGAAGAAAACCAGGGGGGAAGAAGAAACAGAAGGAGGAGGGAGAGGGAGGGAGGGCGGAAUGGGUUUGGUAAUUGUUGAAGCGGAGAAUGGCCUCGCCGCCGACGGUGGUGUUUUGAGCAAUCUGGUCCCGCCGACGAAUUUCUCGAUGGUGGACGACGGCAUUUUCAGAUCUGGUCUCCCUGACGCUUCCAAUUUCCGAUUCCUCGAAACCCUAAAUCUCCGCUCCAUCAUCGUUUCCAGAUACUUGUGCCCUGACCCGUACCCGCAGGAGAAUGCAGAAUUUCUCGCGGCUAAUAACAUCAAACUAUUCCAGUUCGGAAUCAACGGGAAGACGGUAAUCAAGUUUCGCCUUUCCUUCAACCCUCCUCUUCCACCAUUGAUGAUUCCAUUGCAUGUAAGGAACCAUCCCGUUUUGAUUCAUUGCAACCGAGGGAAGCAUCGCACUGGUUGUCUUGUGGGCUGCUUCAGGAAGCUGCAGAACUGGUGUUUGUCCUCGGUCAAGGACGAGUACCGACAUUUCGCUGGCGUGAAGUCGAGGACGACCGAUCUGUGCUUCUUGGAGAGCUUCAACGCGGUGAGCCUAAGGCAGUGUCUGUACCGUAUCAUCUUCCAGUACCAUGCGUACAGCUCCAAGAGGCGCUUGCUAUACAGAGAAGAGAGUGUACAGAAACCCCAAAUCAAGUCCAUGUAAAAGCUCAAGGCGAAGGGCCAUGGCUUUUGAGAAACCAUACCCCCAUUUUUCCACACUUCUUUGUACGAUUCAUUUUCCUUUUUUCGAAUGGAUUCCAGGAACCUUGGUUUUAGUUUGGUUCCCCGCCUGAGAGUUCCACUGGAUAGUUUUAGUUCUGACAAAGUAAAGAAGCAUUUUACAACAUACUUUUGUUUUUGUGUUCCCAUCCUUUUGCCCUGGAACUGUUUGUUGAUCUUCUUCGUUGAGGCAGGGACUUAC